UGAUUGGUGAACACACCCACCACCCGAAUCUUAACCUUAAAAAGGUCAUUUGAUUUUGAUUCCCUUAAAAAAAUCUUUAGUUCAAAAAUAUAGUUAUUUAAUAGUUAAUUGUACAGUUAAUUUUUGCAUAAUCUCAGCAAAUGCUGGUUUUCCUUUUCGGUGGAGAGGGAGAGAGUAUGGUAAAGUAAAGAUAACGUGAAGAUAAGUCAAAAUUUAAGAAAAAAAUACUGAAUCACGGUUUUUGGUAGAGCGAUUUUUCUUUUUUUGCUUACCAAACAAUUUUCUUUCUUUAUUUCUUCAUAUUUGAGUAGUGGUUUGCUAUGGAAAACCUAUUUUGCUUUUCGAAAGCAUCAUGUCAAGAAAUGGGCGGCGGUUAUUUGAAACGAGCCAACGCGCCGCAGCUGCAAGAAAUAUUCAACAAGUACGCCUCCAUCGAAAAGAAUGGCGAAAAAUACAUGAGCGCCGACGAUUUCGUUAUUAAAUAUUUGAGAAUAUUGAACGACAAAGAUCACAAUGCUGAUACAGUACGAUUGCUAGCCGGAAUCGUCGAUACCAGUAAAGAUGGGCUUAUAUCUUAUCCAGAAUUCCAGGCUUUUGAAGGGCUGUUGUGCUUUCCUGAUGCUCUUUAUAAAACAGCUUUCCAGCUUUUUGAUACUAAUGGAAAUGGAAUGGUCGCAUUUCAGGAGUUUGUGGAGGUGAUGAAAAAAACCGAACUCCACCAACGCAUCCCUUUCAACAUGGAAUCCCCAUUCAUUCAACUCUACUUUGGUAAAAACAAGUCACGCCUGGUGAGCUACAACGAGUUCAGUCAGUUCUUGCACGAUUUCCACGAGGAGUACGCCAUUGAAGGUUUCAGGCGAGCUGACAAAGACGGUUCUGGAUUUAUUUCAGUUUUGGAUUUUCAGGAUAUCAUGAUCAGUAUCAAGAGUCAUUUGCUCACCAAAGAAGUACAAUCGCACCUGAUUGAGGCAGUACAAGGAGAAACUCAAAGCCGCAAAGUGAGUUUUCCAUACUUUAUAGCCUUUAACUCUCUUCUAAACAAUAUGGAGUUAGUGAAACGUAUUUAUUUAAACGUAACCAAUGGACAUCGUAACCAAGAAGUUAGCAAAGACGAAUUUAUGCAUUCUGCACAAGCCAUGUCCCAAAUGACACCCUUAGAAGUCGACAUUCUUUUUCACCUUGUGGAUGUUUUGCAUCAAACAGGGCGUAUCGUUUACAAUGACCUCUAUGCGAUCGCACCUGAACAGUAUUUUAAACAAAUCACUAAUCGAUUGGCGGAAAUUCAUGCAGUUUCGAGUCCAGAAGAUAGAGGUGUAGUGAUCCAAAUACUGGAAAGUAGCUAUCGUUUCACUUUAGGUUCAAUAGCUGGAGCUGUGGGAGCAACAGCGGUCUACCCAAUCGAUUUGGUUAAAACACGUAUGCAAAACCAAAGAACUGGCUCCUUUAUCGGUGAAUUGAUGUACAGAAACAGCAUGGAUUGCUUCAAAAAAGUCAUAAGGCACGAAGGAGUAUUUGGUUUAUAUAGAGGCCUGGUACCACAAUUGCUCGGAGUAGCCCCGGAAAAAGCCAUCAAGCUAACAGUAAACGAUUUUGUUAGGGAUAAAUUCACAGACAAAAACGGCCGUAUUCCACUCUACGGGGAAAUAUUAUCGGGCGCUUGCGCCGGAGGUUCUCAAGUCAUAUUCACCAACCCUUUGGAAAUAGUAAAAAUCCGUCUACAAGUGGCAGGAGAAAUUGCUGGAGGCGCGAAAGUCCGGGCGUGGGCAGUAGUCAAAGAACUGGGACUGUUUGGUUUAUACAAAGGAGCGCGUGCUUGUCUGCUCAGAGAUGUACCUUUCAGUGCUAUUUAUUUCCCAGCUUAUGCUCAUACAAAAGCCAGUAUGGCCGAUGAAAGUGGCUAUAAUCAUCCGUUGACUUUAUUGGCUGCCGGUGCUAUUGCCGGUAUUCCAGCAGCGUCGUUGGUUACACCUGCUGACGUCAUCAAAACUCGGUUGCAAGUGGUGGCUAGAGCAGGUCAGACCACUUAUAGUGGAGUCUUGGAUGCUACAAGGAAGAUUUAUAAAGAGGAAGGGUUUAGGGCUUUUUGGAAGGGAUCUAUUGCUCGUGUAUUCAGAUCUUCACCGCAAUUUGGUGUGACAUUGUUUACUUAUGAGCUUUUGCAACGGACUUUGUAUGUAGAUUUUGGAGGAAGCCGACCUUCUGGAUCCGAACUAAAAGUACCAUCCUUAGGAGGCGACAAAGCCAUUACCAACGUAGACCAUUUGGGUGGCUACUCAGUGUCAGUACCAAUUUUCUCAGGCAUAGAAUCGAAAUUCGGCUUGUGUUUACCGAAAUUUAGCCUACCAAAAGCGUAAACCGCCCCCCAACAAAGGAUCAAAUAAAAUAGUGAAUUAUUCUAGUUUUUAAAUAAAUAUUGCUUAUUUGAAUGAGGAAAACAAUAAUUAUUGGGUUGCAGGAAGAGAUUGAUUUAAAAAAUAUUAUAUUGAAAAUAAUCUUUUUUGUGAAUCAAGAAUUUACUAUAAUAGACACUGUGAUAUGAUGAUGUAUUUUUUAAAUGAACAGCAUUUUUUUUUUUGCUCUUUUUAUUCUAAUUUUACAUUACUUAUUCCUUCAUUGUUACAAAUCCCUUUAUUGUUAAAAAAUAUACUUUAUUAUUUUAUGAA